GGUCCCUUGCAUCCUCCAUUACAGCCUCAGCCACAACCUCAGCCUCAGCAGCACCAUCACCAGCAGCAGCAGCAGCACCAUCACCAGCAGCAGCAGCAGCAACACCAUCAUCAUCUCCAAGGGCCACCACAGCCCUUGAUGCCCAUGAACCAGCCACAGUUCAGGCCUCAUAUGCAGGCCACGCAGCAGCAGCCAAAUAAUAACAGGAUGCAGUGUCAGCCACGACAGGGUCCAAUGAAGCCAAGGCAUAAUACACCAUCACAAAAUAUUGUCAAGCGUCCAAAUCAGCAGCUACAGUCAACUGCUCCAAGAAAUAGUAACUUGCGUGAGUUGCCAAUAGCACCAUCACAUGCUAUGGAAAUGAGCAACAACAGGCGAACCUCCACCCCAGCAGCUCAGGUCAAACCCAUUACCAGCACGAUGUCUGCCACCAAGUCUGUAGCUGGUGUUGGAAACGCACAGGGACGGCCUGAGAUGAAAGCUAAAGCAAUCACGCCAGUGGGCCAAGCAAAAUCAGAAGUAAAAGCUGAACCAGAGUAUCCAGAUGAGGAUGAAGAAACUAGAUUGUAUCGUUUGAAGAUAGAAGAGCAGAAACGUCUGAGAGAAGAAAUCCUGAAACAAAAGGAGCUGAGACGACAGCAGCAGGCUGGCGCUAGGAAGAGAGAAUUGCUUGAAAGACUUGCGCAGCAGCAGCAGCAACAGCAACCUUCUACACAACAGUCCUACAUGCAGCAGGACGACGACUCCUCCGAGUUCCCCACCAACGGCAGCCCUUACAUACCCCACUCUGGCUUACAGACCAGGCAAAAUGUGAAAAACAGACUGCUUGUUAAAAAGCAAGAUAUGGUAUUUCCAAAUAUCCAACCCAAACCCACAGAUUUCCCCCAAGUCGGCACAAAUAUGCAGUAUCAAGGACAGCAGCUGAAGCCAGUGAAGCAGCUGAGGCAGACUAGGACAGUACCUCCGAGUCAGCCUCAGGCACCGCAGAAAGUCUUACAGACAAAACCUGCUGCAGCAUCGCUGCCCACGACACAGACUGCUCGAGUGGCUUCGGUACAAGCAAGGCCCCAGGAACUGAAACCUGGCGUGAAAAGGACUGUCAUGCAGCGGACAAACAGUAGUAGUGGAGAUGGGCCCCAUGUCGGCAGCAAAGUCAGGGUGAUUAAAUUGUCAGGAGGG